CGCCCCUGCGUAGGAAUUUUCGUGUUUAGGUUUAGUAGGUGGUAACUUGAGCAGCUGUCAACGCACGUGCCGCCCUCUACAGUGUUUCUUUCGUGUUUAGCACGUAGCUACAAUGGCACCUAGAAAGGGGAAAGUACAGAAAGAAGAAGUCCAAGUCUCUCUUGGACCCCAAGUUCGAGAAGGCGAAAUCGUGUUCGGAGUGGCCCACAUUUUCGCCAGCUUCAACGACACUUUCGUACACGUUACGGAUUUGUCGGGUCGGGAAACCAUUUCUAGAGUGACUGGAGGCAUGAAGGUGAAAGCAGACAGAGAUGAAGCUUCUCCGUACGCUGCUAUGUUGGCUGCACAAGAUGUGGCUGAAAAGUGUAAAUCUUUGGGAAUUACGGCUCUUCAUAUUAAGUUGAGGGCGACUGGAGGUAACAAAACCAAGACCCCGGGACCUGGGGCUCAGAGUGCGUUGAGGGCUUUGGCUAGAUCUAACAUGAAGAUCGGAAGAAUUGAGGACGUUACGCCUAUUCCAUCAGACUCGACCCGCAGGAAGGGAGGUCGUCGUGGUCGCAGAUUGUAAACACAACGUUUUUAUAAUAUAAUUAAUACGAAUUU